AUGUCCACCAUCGAAAUUCAAGGAGAAGGUUCGGAAUCUGAAGAAGAAAUUGCAAUCUCCCAACAACUCCAUAGCUGCUCUAAUACACAAAGCACUGUCAACCCGAUUUCAAGCCAUGGAACGAUCGUAGCUGGGGAAGCAUCGGAAUCAGAGGACGAUCAAUACCCUAACGUUCAGCCAGCCCAAACUGUUCAUCCGCAAAAACCCAGAUUAACAGCGGAUACUGACCAGCAGUCAAAAUCAACAAUUUCCAAUGAUAACACUGUAUCCAAUGAACCGAUCUCGCCUGCGUCAGAACUUUCUGAAACUCAAUCUACCCAGAAACAAGAAAAGACAGUCCGUUCUGGAGAGAAAUACGACACGUUACUACACCGUAAAUUACGCGAAAAAAAUUUACAGUUACGAAAUGAAAUUAACGCCAGAAUUACUGAUAUGUAUAGUAACGCAAAUUAUAAAUUAGAAGAUACGGUUAAUCAAAUAUGUAAAACUCAAUCAGUUCUACAGGAUAUAUCUCAAACUGUACAUACUCUAAAAGAUGAUGCUGUAAGGGUUAAUAACGCCGUGGAUAUUCAAUUCUUUCAAAGCUUUUUGCCGGAUGUUAAAAUUUAA